UUUCCGGUGUCAUGUCUGCCCCGUGUUGAAACCACAUGGCUAGCGACUGUCGCUGCGUUUAGAUCUGUGUUUUCCCGUUUCCCGUUUUUAGUAAAGACGUUUUAAUGCAAGAAGACAUAAAGAGAUGGCAGAAGUUGUACAGGAGAAAAGUCGUGGCUUGAAGUUUGCAGAGCAGCAACUCCUGCGUCACGGCUGGGAACAUGGUAAAGGACUGGGACGAGCGGAGAAUGGCAUAUCAGAAGCUAUCAAGGUCAAAGUGAAAUGUGACAAAGGAGGGGUUGGCCAUAAGGAAGGAGAGCAGUUCACCUUCCACUGGUGGGAUCACAUCUUCAAUAAGGCCUCUUCCAGUCUGCAGGUGGAGUCUGAUCAGGGCGGUAUUAAGUUGAAGAAGUCGGUGGAGGAAGAUGAAGAAGAUGGCACGAUCUCCAAUAAGAAGCCACGGAAGGCCUCGCUGGCCAAAGCCAAACUUUAUGGAUGCUUUGUCAAGUCAGCCACACUGAUGUCUGGUCAGGAGCAGCCAGAGCCGAAGUCCUCCAACUCAGAUGACAGCAGUAGCUCAGACGAGGAGGAGGAGGACCAGAGGCUGGAUCUCUCCAGCACCACCAAGCUUUCUGAUGCCGAUCUGAUGAAGGCUUGUGGAGGACGCACGGCUCACAAAGGAGCCAGACACGGCCUGACCAUGAGCGCCAAAUUAGCCAGGCUGGAGCAGCAGGAGGCUGAGUUCAUGGCAAAGUACGGCAAGAAGAGCCAACCAGCAAGCGCCUCAGCAAGAUCCUCCGGGAGCAUUAAUGAGCUAGAUGGUAAUGAAGUGUCUGAAAGUCCUGAAACAGACGUUAAACCCAAAAAGAAGAAGAAGAAGAAAAAAGCCUGCGGUGCAACUGAGGAAAUAACUGAUGCAGUUUCCACAAAGGAUAAUGUGAUGUGUGCAGAAAAUGGUGAAGCGGAUCACUCUGACAAAACAAAGAGGAAGCAUAAAAAGAAGAAAAACAGAGCAGAGUCCAGUGAAGAAGAAAGAGUGUCUUCACCUGCAGCGCAGAGCAAGAGUCCUGAGGAGACAGCUGAGCUGCAUACUGACACUAAAGUGAAGAAGAAGAAGAAGAAGAAAUCCUCCAAACACCACAGUGAGGAUGAGGAGAGAAUCUGUACAGAAUCCAGCCAGUCAGAGAAGGUCCAGGACGCAAUUUCAUACCAAAAAGAAAAAGUUACAGAGGAAGAAUCAACAGUAAAGCAGAAGAGGAAAAAGUGUAAAAAGGACAAACUGUUAAUUGAUGAUAAAGUAGAUGAGGAAGCACUUCAUCCAAAGAAGAAAAAGAAGUCCACAGUGUAGUGUUUGGCUGACUGGGGAACUUAGCUUUACAUUAAAUCAGCGGCGGAGGGAAACGUGCUGAACGUGGACGAUUCGGAGGCUGUGCUUUCUGCUUUGACCUGUAAAUGGUGUUUUCCACUGAUUGGAAAAUAACUUUAAUCAGUUAUUCAGACCAGUUACAAGAUGAUGACAUCCAGAACUCCUGCCUCUUGAACAACCUCACUUGAAAUCUGUCAAAUAAAUUUUUCCAAGAGCAUUGA